GCAAGAGAGCGAUGAACCGUUUUCCCGACAUAAGCCCGAUACCAGGACUUUGCUGCGAUGUGCCACAUCUACCUCUACCCUCAUCACAGAUGACAUCAUUCGUUCCUAGUCCGUAUUUGUCCAAUCCGUACGCUUCUUUAAGUAACGGAACCGGAAACUAUGUGGACAGACUUAUGGGUCGAUACUAUGAUCCCGUCAUGCAAUUGCGCAGGAGCGCCAUAGGCGGAAGUAAACCGAAGGUGGCGACACCUGGUGUCGUUGAGAAAAUUGAACUCUACAAGCGCGAGAAUCCGACGAUAUUUGCCUGGGAAAUAAGAGACAAACUUUUAACAGAUGGCAUUUGCACUUCAAGCAAUGUCCCAAGUGUGAGCUCCAUCAAUCGUAUAUUACGUAACAGAGCAGCAGAACGUGCGGCCGUUGAAUACACUAAAAUAGCUUCCAGGUCAUUUAUGCACUUGUACCCUCAGUUAUGGUCAAUGUCGUCACCACGUGACUACACAUGCGCAGUGAGAGUCCCAGAUUCAUCCGCCAGCAGUGAUGAACAACUUUCAAAAUCGGAUGAUGAAACUAAUGUUUCAGUUGAUGAAGAAAUAUAUGAUCCUCAAAAGUCUGAUGAUAUGUCACUACCAAAACUUCGCAGAAAUCGCACGACCUUCACCCAGGAUCAAUUAGAUGUCCUCGAACAAGAGUUUGAAAGGAGUCACUACCCAGGAGUCAAUACGAGGGAAGAUCUGGCAAGCAAAACUAACCUCUCAGAGGCAAGAGUACAGGUAUGGUUCUCAAACAGACGAGCAAAAUGGCGUCGUCAACAAAGAAUGAGUUUCCUUCAAACCUCGCGGCAAAUGUUGUUACGUUUUCCAGUACUUCCGGUUCCGCAGGAAAUCGAUGACAUGCGAAGGAAUUCUGGGAGGAUAUCCCCUUGUAUGACGUCACGAGAUUUAUCGCCUGUUUCAUCAACUAUGACAUCCCCUAUAAGUAUAGGUGGCUCAUCGUCCGCAUUUGACAAAGUUGAGCAAUCACCGUGAUGUCCACACACCCACUAAAGCCUCAAGGUGUUUUGGCUACUGGAUCGCAUAAAAGUUAUGCACCGUUUGAAAAUUGUCAAAACUGGGAACUGCAAACGCGUAGAUGGACAUUACAAGAUAAUCAGAGUUUCAAAGACCAUGUACUCAUCAUUUAGGGGUUUUGUGCAAUAUUUCAACAUGAAAAUCAAGACAAAUCAGCAAUAUUUUGUCUUCCAGCAAUAACAUAUGUGUUCAUUGUAUUUUAGAUCAACUUUUACACAUGUUAUAUCGAUGUAGGCAACCAGUUAGCAUGUUCUAACAAUUCUGUAUAUAUUUCUCAUUAACAUUUAAUUAUGCAUUGAAACAACAUUAAUUAAAACCAGAUGUAAUCUAGUCAUGCACGUGUAUUUCAAUAUUUAUCAUUUCAAUUUGUUAAUUACACAUUUGUACAUUGUUUUGCGCAACUAUUACAUUACUUUUGCUUAGGGAUCGGGAAUUGUUGUUCAAAUGUCAGAUAUUUACAUGUUGAUACACACUGCUUAGCCAAACGAAAGGGUAAGAGUCAUUAAAAUCGCUCAAGAGCGCUACACCUUAGUUCCAUAAUUUCAAUAUUAUAACUUUAUUAAGUAUAUUAUUUCAUAUUGAUUUUGCCAUUAGUCCGUGGAUAGUCGUUCUCGCCUAAUGACAUAGACCGUUGUAUUGUUCACCUCAAAUUUAGCCUCUCAUUUUUUUUAAUCCAAUUUUUGGCCCUUUGUUCUCGUGUUAGCCUUGAUUUUUGUUAGUGACUCUACACAGAAAUAUGUUGGAUCAUAAAUGGGAUGCGAAACUCCAGCCGAGUCCCAAUAAUUAUCAUACCGACCCCAUAUAUUUCUGUGGAGGGUUACUAACAAACCCUAUAAUUAAUUUGUUUUAUCGACCACUUAAUUUUUACUUUGGACAUGAUACUUUUCUGACCUUCCACAGCAAAACUGAAUGUCAUCACGUGACCAAUUUUAAACAAAUGAAAGUGCUAUAUCUUUUGGGAGGAUCACCAACAUCACAAUUUCAUCAAUUUAACAGACUGUAGAAAGGGAUCGGCUGCGCGUUCCAAUAUGAUAGGGGAGAUAAUUGUAAUAAUCUAAUGAAUGAUCUAACAACACUUAUGUCUCUUUAGCAACAUGAAAAAAGGAGCACGAUGGUGAUUCCUUGACAGCAAAUCAGAGUCUUCCAAAUGUACUCAUUUUGAAUGUACAUGUAAAGAAACUUUUAUGUGCAUUGUUUUUAUUGAAUAAAAUAUUGAAUUGUACAACCCUUGUUGACUCUGUUCUUUUAAACAAUUAAUAAAUCAGCCAAUAUAGUUGCAUGGUAGCCAAAUACAGUUGAGUCCCCGUGACCUUGACCUUUAAAUCACUGACCCCAAAAGGCAAGGACCUUCCUCAAAUGGUACUUGGCUAUUAUGCAAAAAUCAAAAGCACUUGCUUUUAUACUUCCUGGCUUAAUAUCCAGAAACAAAACAAUAAAAAAUUAUGUUAUGUGAGUGGACCCGUAAUGAAACUCGGCAAUUUCCGUAUGAUUACGUAUCCUCGAUAGACACUCCGGCAUUCUUCGGACUAACUAUAGGUCGCAAUAGCAUAAAUAGUAUUCCCUAUAUAUUCUAUAUAAGACUGACAUUUUCUAAUGAGCUUCCAAACAUAGCUAGACCCAUUUUAGAGAACAAAUCCUUAUUUCAUUUUAAAGAGUUAUGAUAAAACUGACAUAAAAUGAAGAGAAAAGUAGACGUCAUACAUCUUCUAAGUGAGAUUUCUCUUGUCACAUUUGAUUACUGUAAAAUCACAUCAAAAUCAUACUGCUGUGACCUGGAAGUACUACUCAUAAUAAAACUGAGUUUCACUUCAGCAAAUGCAAACUCCUCUCCCAAUUUUUCUACCAAAAUGUCAAAAAUACACCCACAAUGAAAUUUAAAUAGAAAUUUAAUUUAGACCUCUCGGCCAAGUGAAACAUUAGUAUUCAAAUACCUGGCAGCCAUUAUGCGACUGGACCAGAUGGCUCCCACGCUGGCUCCUUUACUAUAGUUAGGCCUAUAGCUCGAACGACUUUCAACAAAAACUGGAGAAUAUUCAAAUAGCAUACGGAAAAUACAUAUGAUAAUUUUCCUACUGUAAGCAUGGGUCCACUGCCUUAAUCUGAGUUUUCUUUGGUCCUUAAGACAACUGACCUCCGAAACAACAAAGACAUUCCACCAAUAGCGACACGGCUAGUGCCGUUAAGCAAAUAAUAUAUAUUAU